GCAACUUGAGAAUAUCUAUCACUACAUAAACACUAUGCCAGGUUUAGAUUACCUUCUUUUCGAAGAAGCCGCCGGUUAUGCCAUCUUCAAGGUGACUAUCCAACAGGAUGAGGUUUCUUCCAGACUGAAAGAAGUGCAGGAGUCUGCCAGUGACUUGGCCAGAUUCUCCAAGAUGAUCGAGUUGGUUUCAUUUGCUCCGUUCAAGGGAGCUGCUCAGGCCUUAGAAAAUGCCAAUGAUAUUUCCGAGGGUUUGGUCAGUGACUACUUGAAGUCUGUUUUGGAGUUGAACAUUCCAAAGGGCUCUUCCAAAAACAGAGUGGCUCUUGGUGUCAGUGACAGAAAUUUGGGUCCCUCUGUUAAGGAACACUUCCCAUACAUUGACUGUUUUUCCAACGAAAUUGUCCAGGACUUCUUGAGAGGUAUCAGAACCCACGGAGUCAAGUUGUUGAAGGAAUUACAAGAAGGAGAUUUGGAAAGAGCACAAUUAGGUUUGGGACAUGCUUUCUCCAGAGCCAAGGUUAAGUUUUCCGUUCAAAAGAACGACAACCAUAUCAUUCAAGCUAUUGCAUUGUUGGAUCAGUUGGACAAAGACAUAAAUACCUUCAGUAUGAGAGUUAAGGAAUGGUACGGAUGGCACUUUCCUGAGUUGGCCAAGAUUACUCCAGACAACUUAACCUUUGCCAAAUUAGCCUUAUUUAUCCAGAACAAAUCUUCAUUGACUGAUGAGUCUUUGCACGAUGUUGCUGCUAUUGUCAACGAUGACUCUGCUUUGGCGGAAAAAAUCAUCAACAAUGCCAGAAUUUCCAUGGGUCAAGAUAUCAGUGAAAUCGACAUGAUGAACGUGAGUAGUUUUGCCAAGAGAGUGGUUUCUAUUACUGAGUACAGAGCCACUUUGUAUAAAUACUUGACUGAGAAGAUGAACACCGUGGCACCAAACUUGUCUACUUUGAUUGGUGAAGUUGUGGGUGCCAGGUUGAUUUCCCACGCUGGUUCAUUGACCAACUUGUCCAAACAAGCUGCUUCUACCGUGCAAAUCUUGGGAGCUGAGAAGGCUUUAUUUAGAGCUUUGAAAACCAAAGGUAACACUCCAAAGUACGGUUUAAUCUACCACUCUUCGUUCAUUGGUAAGGCUUCCACCAAGAAUAAGGGUAGAAUUUCCAGAUACUUGGCUAACAAAUGUUCUAUUGCCUCGAGAAUUGAUAACUACUCUGAUGAACCUUCCAGUGCUUUUGGUACCAUUUUGAAAAAACAAGUGGAAGAAAGAUUAAACUUUUACAAUACUGGAGCACCUCCAAUGAAGAAUGCUGAUGCCGUCAAAGAAGCUUUGGCUUUGUCCGGGGACUUAGUUGACGACACCACCAUGUACGAUGCUGAGGACACUACUAUAGUCGAAGGUGACGAAAAGAAGGACAAGAAAUCAAAGAAGGAAAAGAAGGAAAAGAAGGAAAAGAAAGAUAAGAAGGAAAAGAAGGAAAAGAAGGACAAAAAGGACAAGAAGCGUAAGGCUGAUGACGAAGAAUCUCCAAAGAAAAAGAAGAAAAAGUCUAAGGAUUAGAGUAUUUGUAACUGUAGAGUAAAGAAAUUAGCAUGUUUAAUAUAAGAAUAAGUACUAC